AUGACUCGCGCCGGCUUUGAGAUUACGGACGAGUUGCCGCCCCCCAUGCCUAUCAAGCUUCUCGCCAAAGGCGAGGCCAAGAAGAAGCUGUCCUUGACGGACUAUCAAAAUAGAAAGAAGUCAGCGUCGCCAGUGGAGAAUGGGAUGCCAGCGAGGAUAGAAACAAAGACGAAUGGCACCGUCCAUGCGAAACCAUUACCACCAAAGGAUGACGUCAGAAAAGAUAGUAGUGUGAGGGUUAGUGAGAAGGUCAAUACGUCACGCCAGGUUGACGCGCGGCCAGAGAAGUCACGGCCAGAGACAAACGGGGACAGAAUCAAAACUUCGCAAGCGAAAUCGCAACCCGAAGCAGAGAACCGUAAGCGGGCCGCGGAGGCAGGCGGAGAUCCGCCUCUCCCGAAAAGAGCCAAGGGCGAAACUAUCACGGCAAAGACGGACCGACCGCGGCAAUCCAAGCCAGAGACGCCGCGGGGCCGGGAAACGACGGAGAGGCUAUCAAGAGAUACGAAGACGGAAACAUUACAUCCUACCCACAACGGCAUGCCUCCCUCAUACUCUGACAGGGACCGAGAGAACACCUCAUCUCCAAGGUCGACGAUUCAGGUCAACGGGUCAAGGCCACGGUCGAACAGUGGGACUCCGACGCCCCGGAAACCAGAGCCGAUAAUAAAACCAGCUCUACCGCGGCUUCUAUCACCCCUGCCUCCGUCUCUGUUCCAUGAGGACGCCGAACAAGAUGUGUCGAAGAAGAAACCGACGACCAAGGUAGCGAAGCCGGAAAAGGAGAAAGCAAAGAAGCCUCUUAAGAAGAUACCGGCGCUACUCUCUCCCACGUUACCCCCAGUUAUCGAGGAGAUUCUUGCCCUCCAAGACCGGAAACAAACCGCUUCAAAGGGAGUGUCUAGCCAAUCGUCUAACCAGUCAUCCGACUCAUCAGGCGGCGCAAGGAAGACAAUAGUGGCCGCCCCCCCUGGAUACCCGGCAGACGAAGAAGAAGUGAAGCAUUCCCGGUCCUCCAGGAUUGUCACCCUUAAGCUCAGGAAUAAGGCGAAUGCGAAACGGGCUAAGGAACUCCUGAGCCUCCCAUCUAAGUCAGCAAAAGAUGCACUUAAGAAGGAGCGCUCGGAGAGUGCAGAAGCGGCCCCUCCCCCAGCCAAGAAGCGACCACGGGCGGUAGAGGAUGUUCCGCAGGAGACUACCGCCUCUAAGCGGCCUAAGUUAACCGCAGACGCCAUUACAGCAAAGCCAGCUGGGCCGACCACUCCGCUCAAGCACACGGCUACAUCCAUGUCCCGGGUGACAUCAAGCCAAUCCCAGGGCCAAAUUCACACUCCAGCGGCCACAACCGGCCUCACCCCAAGCACCUCCGAUAACCGGCCCCCGACUCGGUCAGAGCCUCUAGACCCCAAAACGAUCGCCCAAGCCGAGUCCUUUAAGGAAAGGAACGUCGAGUAUACGCGGCUUGGCAGCAAGCUCAAGCACGCGCGUGACGAUCUCCUACGUGACCGCGGCUCUGCCCUGUCGCCCGCCGAUGAACGGCGCGUGACGGCCCUGCACUUCGAGAUGGUACUCGCGUACAUGGUGGCUUUCGACUCGCUCAACCAGUCGCGUAUGCUCGAGCGGAAGGUGUGGGAGGUCGCGGCGUGGGAGUCGCUGCUACCGCACCUGAACGAGCUACGAAGCCGCGUGCAGAACAACAAGGCGCUGAGGGCGCUCGCUGUCCAGAUGCACGCGCUGAGCCUGGAGCAGAUCACCAACGCCUUUGCGACCCUGGACCCGGGCGCCGCCGCGGCGACGUUUGCCCGCUGGGGCAAGCACAACCGCACGCGCACGCUCAUGUGGGCGGAGGCGGUCACCAUGUGGGAGCGGGUGGACGAGCCGAGGAUGAGGGUGGCCAUGGGGCCGUGGACGACCGUGGAUGAUGCGGUUGCGGCUGUCUUGGGGGUAAUGAGGCGGUGGGCUGAGCGGGAAGGGGUGAGGUGGCAACCAGAGGUCAGCGUUAAGGGGGAAAUCGAGCGUGAGAGGGACCGCGAGAAAGAUCGGGAAAGGGACACCUACAGGGAUGGAGACAAGGGUCACGACAGAGACCGGGAUCGAGACAGGGACAGAGAUCGGGGUCGAGAUCGGCCCAGGGAGCGAGAAAGGGAACGGGAGCGGGAUCGGGAGCGGGAGAGACCUAGGCAAUCGCUCAACCAUGGGCCGAGGCACUAG